CCCUUGUCUCGGUGCACCAAAUCCUGAAAGCAGCCUGGCGACCGUCACCUAAAAAAUAAAAAGCGUAGUUCAAAAUCAUUAAAGAAUUUACCAGAGCACCGAAAUCGAAUAGUCUUUUUCAUCUCCUUCACGUUUAGUUUCAACUUCCAAUCUGUUCAUUCACGAUUCAAACCCUAAGCAGUUACAAGUUUCUAUCACUGCCACUAUUAUCAAGUUUCUUUACCAUCGUCCAAAUUCCAUUUUCUUCGAAGCCAUACACUUUUCACUAAAACAAAAUUGAUUAAUGUUAGGGUUUUGGAAAGCCAAUUUCAGAGCAGACUCGAAACCCUAGAUUCAACAAAUCCAUGCCAGCUUGAUCUCGCAGCUUCCGUCAAUGGCGAUCAUCGGCGACGCGCUUCGCCAGGCGUUCAUGCCGAAGCGCGAGUACGAGAGCCUCAGAGAAGAAGACAAGGCGUGGGGCAAGCUUCUGAGGCCCGUGACGGUGGCUUCCGUUGCCGUCAUCGUGCUCGCAAUCGCCGUGUCCACUGUUAUCAGUUUGAAAAUCGUGUUUCCGAGUAGCGAUGGAAGAAGAGCGUUUUGCGUCGAUCGAAGGCUUCAACCUAUUCAAAUAGGUAUGAAAGGCGGUUCCGAUUCGGAUCUGUUUCCUGGUGCUUUUUAUCUCACGGACCAGGAGAUUGCUGAUUAUUACUGGAUGCUUGUGUUCAUUCCCUCCAUGAUCGUUUUCGCGCUCUCCGUUGUAUAUCUCGUUGCUGGCAUGACUGUUGCAUAUUCUGCUCCAAAUAGGCAUGGAUGCUUGAAGGUGGUUGAAAAUAAUUAUUGUGCUUCGAGACGGGGAGGUGUUCGCUGUCUGUCCAUCUUAAACCUUAUCUUUGCUAUCGUCUUUGGUGGUCUUGCCUUGUUUCUUGGUUCAACUCUCUUGACAUUGAUGAGCAACUGCUCUAAACCUCUGUUUUGGUGCUAUGAAAUUGCAUGUUGGGGACUGGUUGUACUAUAUGGUGGUACUGCCUUCUUCUUGAGGAGAAAGGCAGCCACAAUUCUUGACGAGGGAAAUUUUAGUGGUCGAAAUCUAGGGUUGGAAAUGCUGGAAGCGAGCCCCCUGGAAGUCACACCAGAGGUGGAAAGGCGUGUUAAUGAAGGGUUUAAGGCAUGGAUGGGUCCAUCCCUUCUUUCUUCUGAUGAAGAAGAUGAACCUGACAGCUAUGAUGAGGCACCUCAUUCAACACAUACUAACUUAAACAGGCAAAGACUCUGAACUGGAUAAAUUCAGUGUGAAACAUCAUCUUUUCCAGCCUUCAUGCCUUAAAAGAAUGCUGCAUGGUAUGGAAAUCAGUUUUGGACAAAAAUGUUGACAUGUAUCAUAUGACAAAAGCAAAUGUUGAUUAAAGAAGGAUGGAUUUGAUGCUCAACUUUGAACUACGAUUUCAUCUGGUCUGGUCCAAUAGGUACAGUUUGUGUAGUUUAGCUUGUGAAUAAUAAUUAAAUUGGGAAUGACCAAGCUUUGCCUUUCCUAAGGUGGAUGGGUUGCCGAACCGCACUUGCUGGUCUUCUCUCUAUGGGCCUGCCUUUUCUUAAUUGCUUUUUUAGUCUCAAAUUAUUGGGUAUGUGCACUUAUAUUUAAAUUUAGUAUUUAUUAUGUCCCAAAUAUGAUUGUUUCUAAAGAUAUAUGUGAAAAAAACUCAAGAAGAGUACGAACCUUAAAGUC